AGGUUUUAAAUUAAUUACUCUGGCUGCUAUGCUGAGAAGAAACUAUAGGGAGUUUAGGGUAGAAGCAGGAAGAAGUCAGAAGGCUGUUGAUAUAAUCCAGAUGAAUGCUGGUGGCUUAGUCCAUGGUAGGAACAGAAGGGUGGGGGAAAGCAAUAAGAUUCUGUGUGUGUGUGUGUGUGUGUGUGUGUGUGUGUGUGUGUCUGAGUGAGUUUUUAACCAUCGUGAAAUAUACAUAAGAUAAAAUUUACCAGUUUAACUGUAAGUGUACAGUCCAGUGGCAUUAAGUGCAUUUGAAUUCUCGUACAACCAUCCCUCCCCACUGUCCAUCUCCAGCACAUUUUCAUCAUCCCAAACUGAAACUCUUGGAUACAUGUUUAAGGCAGAGUCAGAAUGCUUUCUGACAAAUUGGACUGGGAUGUGAGAGAAAGAGAAGAAUCAAAGACAACUCCAAGAUCAUUGACCUGAGCAGCUGGAAAAAUGGAAUUGCUAUUGACAAGAUGGAGAGGAUGAGUGUAGCACGUCUGGGGAGGAAGGAAGAGAAGGAGGUCAGAUUUCCUCAUGUGAAUUGGAAGUGUCCACUAGGCAUCCAAAUGGAGAAUUUGAGAAUGCAUUUGGGUAUGCAAGUCUGGAAUUCUCACUGGAACUGGGUGGAGGUAUACAUUUGGAUGUCAUCAGCAGAUAGAUGGUUUUUAAGACACAGAAAGGAAUGAGACAAUCAAUCAAAUGAUUGGAUGAGACCGAGAAAAGAAGAGAUCAAACGCUUUGGGGUAGGCUAUACUUGGCCCCAGGCUAAGAGGUUGGAGAGGGAGAGAAGAAAACUGUGAAAUAGAGAAGAAAGAAAAGCCAGAGAAGAGUAUUGAAUGCUGUGGAGAGGCCAAGUAAGAGGAUAUAGAAUUAACCAUGGGAUACAGGGGUGUGCACCUGUAUCCCAUGACCCUAACAAGAGAAGGUUUGGGGAGGUGGUGGGGACAAAAGCUUGGUUGGAAUGGUUAAGAGAAAAUGAGAGGAGAAGAAUUGAGAGCAGUAAGUAAAGACUACUCAUGUCUAGAUUAUACUGUAAAUGGGGAGCAAAGCUGGUCAAGGAAAGAAGAUCAAGGGUAAUUUCUUUUGUUUUUAAUGGGGAAAAUAAUGGUAUAUUUGUAUGCUAAUGGCAGUGAUCCAGUGGAGAGGGGAAACAGGUGAUGCAGGUGAGGGAAGGAGCAUUUUAAAAAUUUUGAAAACGAAUACCUCUACGUGGGACCACAGUUUUUGCCACUUUCUAAACCAUACUCCGACCUAUUCACCCAUUUGUAUAACCUACAUUUGACUUUUCAUCUCUUGGCCUGGAUAGAUAUAGACCUACGUGGGGCUCUAAAACAACACUGGAAUCAAUUGGCAAGGAUGUAAAUUAGACCUAGUCCUGCCAGCAGACAGAUAGAUAGCCCCCACGUGCUAAAGUAAGUACCUUCUUUCUCAGGAGUGUUUUUGGCCAUUUGUUCAUGCAGACACUGACAGAAAAUUGACAGUCAGAAGCAGUUGAAAUGCAAAAUCCUAUUAAUACACAAUAUAAUGCAGAUUUGGGGGACUCACUAAUUUAUUUUAUUGUAGUGUCUAGAAGUGAACAUUGGAAUGGCCCCUUGGAAAAUGGAUGGUUUCUGGGUGCAGGCAAAGGAAGAGAGAAAGUUAUUAAGUUGGGAGUGAGUGAUAAAAUAGCAGUGGGAGCAAAGAUGAGUUUUUGCCUGGGCUUGGACUGGAACUAUGUCACCAUGGUGAAAUGAAAUGGUUACCACUGGACCACAAAGUGUCAGGAGCCCAAAGACUGAGUAAUGGUAAUGUCCAAAUCAGAGAAAGGCGAACAACUAAUGCAUGAAUCUAGGUUUGGAAGGUCAAAUUCUGUGAAAGGAAAGGGACUAAUAUAUACCUAUUACUGUACUGAAUAUCUUUAUUCUUAUCUACCUUAUUACCCUGGAAGGAUGAUCUCUAGGGAUUAAAUAUGGUGGCCAGCCUUUAUGAUGGCUCAGGGAGCCCAACUUCUUGGUAUUCAUUCUUCACCUUGCACUUUAUCCUGGAAACGUAUUCUGUAGAGGUUGGAUCAAUAUGCUUCCAAGCCCCAGUUUCUGGUUGCAUUACACUAAUGGAAGGAAGUUGUGGUGAGGUUGCUUUGAGCUGGAUAUGUUCCUCAACAGCAGAUCAUUGUCCCAGUCAAAGAGGUCUCUGUUGUACUUAAAUCUCUCUCACUUUUCCUGGUCCUUUUGCACCUAGGGUUGGUGACAGUUCCAGUACUGUUGGACCCAGUUUCCUGUACAUCCUUUAUAGUUCCCUUACUCCCAUCCACACCUUUGUAAUUAGUGACUUUGUGAAUGAACACUUCUAAAAUUAUUCUAAUUUAAAUAUGUCAUGUUUCAUAUUGGAACCCUGACUAAUACAGUAAUAGAUAUGAGAAGUGGCUCCAGGAAAGAGUCAAAAUUGGAUCUGAGAUUUAUUUGGUCAUAUGUUUAGAGGUCCACGGAUAGCCUUAUAGCUGGGGGAAAUAACUCAAUUAUCAGCUACUUGAAUUAUCAUUGGCAGUAGCCUGGAAUGCAGUGCAAAAUGCUAGCUAUAUGGAGCUUCUGUAAAGUCUCAGGAUGAAAAUCAGCAAUCCCCCAGGGGUUUGGAGCAAUGCCUUGACACUGUGCUGAUUUUUAAUUUGAAAAUAGCUGCUGACUAGGGGCGCCUGGGUGCCUCAGUCGGUUAAGCUUCCGACUUCAGCUCUGGUCAUGAUCUCGUGGUCUGUGGGUUCAAGCCCCAUGUCGGGCUCUGUGCUGACAGCUCAAAGCCUGGAGCCUGCUUCAGAUUCUGUGUCUCCCUCUUUCUCUGCACCUCCCCCUUGCACUCUGUCUCUCUUUCUCUCAAAAAUAAAUAAACAUAAAAAAUUUUUGUUAAAAAAGAGAGAAAAUAGCUGCUGGCUUGCUCCUGGUGAAGACUGAACAGUCAACCAUGGAUCAUGAGAUAUUUAGGUGAUUCAAACUGCCUAUCAUGAGCUUAGUGUUACCUGAUUCAUUGAACCAUAAAGUUAGGCAUCAAUAGCCUAACAUUCCAUCAUAAUAUGGAAGUGAUAUAUUGCAAGUGGGCCCCAGUAGAUCCAGAAGGCUCAAGAUAGCUUCAUGAGCAGAUGACUUAUAUUUACAUAGUACCUGUUCUUUCUGCUUCUCCUUCAAUCACAUGAGAGGCCCCUAGAGGAGGUAGUCAUCAAGACUUACUUCUAGAUACAUCUGCAUCCUAAGCAUAUAUGAAAGGGGAAAUAAACAGCCGUUGUGCUCUACCCACGUUCAGAGGACUCCUGAAAGAUAGUGCUGAAAUAAAAUCCUCCCAGCACUUCAAAAAGUACAUCCAUUUGUUUACUUCAUUAGGAAGAGAUCGUAUGAGACACUGAUCUGCAAUAACUAAUGGGCAAUGGCAGAAAACUAGUCAGGAACAUGGAAAGAACAAGGUCAGGAGAUUUGUGACAAGAUCUGGGGGAGAGGAUUAUGGCUGAAACUCUUGGAAUGAGGACAGAAUGGAAAGAUAAAAUCAGAGGUCCAGAAAAUGAUCCAUGUCUAACAUACUCUGCUGCCUUUUGUCAGUUUCGUUUGCAUUUGUUCAGUGGUGCUCUGCAUACUCUUAAGCGUCAUGUCCCAUGAUUCAGAAGCAGCUGGCUUAUGGGACAGAGGAAUGGCCUACUAAAGGGCCAGUUACUCUGACAUCUGGAAGAUAACAUCUUACAGUGUUGGAGUGGUAUCCUAUAGGGUGCAAUAAAUGUCUUAAAUCACAACAAAUGUGUAGCCAGGAUGCAUGAGUCAGGGAAGUAAGGAGGGGGGUAUGAGUGGCCCUUUUCACCAUUUUACCUAAUAACCCACUGGAAUAUUGUUCUCUUUAUCUGUGAUCUUGAGUUGGUGGGUUUGGAGAUUUCAGUGCCCAAGAGAAGCAUCUCUUUCUUAGGGAACCCUGAAAGUUGAGACUGCUCUCUGGCACUUUUGGAUUCCUCGUGUCACGGAAUUGAUAGGCACAGAAAGGGGUCAAUGUAGCUGAGAUGAAUAUCCUGACUACCAGGAAGAAAUUGGGUUGGUGCUUCACAGAGAAGACAGAGGACUUCAAAACUCAAGGAAUUUACUAGUGUCAUUUCUCAAUAUUCAUAGUCAUUGGACUAUAUUCCUGGUCAUUAGAGAAUUAUAACAGCCCAUAAAGACAAGACCAACUAAGGACCCAAGUCCCACAGGAAUGAACAUUUGGGUUAUUCCAUCAGAUAAAGUACCUAUUUCAGCCAAAGUGUUGACUGAGGCAAAGGGAAACAUGGAAUGGAUGGUGAUAGGGGGUAUCUACGAUCAACUUAGGACAGCACAACUAUGGAUGUGGGAAUUGUAGCAGCUGUGUUUUAUGUUACUCUUCUUCUCUCCUUAUUUUGUUCCCUACCUCACUUAAAGAGUCCUAAUGGUUGAGGCACCUGGGUAGCUCAGUUGGUUAAGUGUCCAACUUUAGCUCAGGUCAUGAUCUCAUGGUUUAUGGGUUUGAGCCCCCUGUCGUGCUGUGUGCUGACAGCUCGGAGCUUGGAGCCUUCUUCAGAUACUGUGUCUCCCUCUCUCUGCCCCUCCCCCACCCAUGUUCUCUGUCUCUCUCUCAAAAAUAAACAUUAAAAAAAAUUAAAAAAGAAAAAGAAUCCUAAUGGUUAGCAUGCUAAGUUUCGGGUGGAAAUAUGACCACGCUGACAUCACCUGGUGAUAACAUGAUGACUUAUGGGACCCCAUUGCAUCCCCUGUUCUGGGGGCACAGAGCAGAUGCUGGGGGGUAGACUAUACUGGGUGUCUUCUGUUUGUACCCCUUGUCUAUUUUCCCAGGAUGAUGGCUACUUUAAUCUUCUCAACAACCCUAAGUAAUAAUAGAUCUUCUCGAUUACCCUCUUCCUAUAUACCUGGCAUUGUUCCAGGUGCUUUCCAUGAAUUGAUCCAAUUCAAUCAAUUCAAUUAAUGGAUUCAAUUAAUCCUCACAGUAGGUUUUUCAUGCUGAGUAUCCUAUUACUCCCAUCUUGCAGAUGAGGAAACUUAAGCAAAGAACGGUUCAGUAACUUCCCCAAACCCACAGUUAGAGAUUAACCUCUGUCUUGUAAGCUUUCUCAAAGGGGUUAGAUAUGAUUAUCUUGCUUUUGCAGACAGGAAAGCAAAGACUUAGAAGAGUAAACAAAGGGACUCAUCCAGAUAUAAUCAGCCCCACAGUGAGGGUUCAAACCCAGGUCUGUCUAACCCCAAAACUCAUGUCUAACAUAUUCUGCUCUUUAAUACUUCAUUUUAAGGUGUCACUAUGAGAAGGAGAUGACUGGGAAAUUUAGGUUCCAUGGACAUAAGAUAUUAAAUAAUAAACUAUUAAAAACUAUUUUUAAAAGAAACGUGAUGGAUCUGAUUGAAAAAUCCCUGCUAAUAUUUUCUAGGAGAACACUGCUUUUUGAAUCAUUCUUUUUUACACUUAUUAGCUGUCAUUAGCCUGAUCAAGUAGAAUACAGUGGUCACUUAUCAUUCACAGACUGAGGAAAUGCAUAAACCAGAACGGGGAGAAGAGCCUGAGAAGGGAAACCACACUGGCCAGGGUGCCACUAACUUCUUUUUUGCUUUAGUGACAGUUUCUCACCCUUCCACUAGUAAAGGAGGGCAUAGUCAAGACUUAGCACAUGCUUUAUAAGAAUUCAUAUCCCUCCUGCCCUUGGGAAUUUCCUCCACCUGACUCAUCUAAUCAAUAUCAUGGACUAAGGGCUCUCUCACAAUGAUCUGCUUUUCAGAUAAUACCAUCCAGUCGAUUUUCUGUUGCUGUUGCUGCUGUUCCGUGCAGAAGCGACAAGUAAGAACACAAAUAAGCCUAAGCAAAGAUGAAGAGUUUUCGGAAAGAUACACUCCGCGUCGCAGGCUGUGGUUCAGCGAAUUGCCAAGUAAGAAGCGAGCCAACAGAGGCCACAUGCAACCAUCAAAACGCAAGCCACUGCCUCCCCUCCCGCCCUCUGAGGUUACUGAAGAGAAGAUCCAAGUAAAAGCCCUGUAUGAUUUUGUGCCCAGAGAGCCAUGUGAUUUAGCCUUAAAGAGAGCAGAGGAGUACGUGAUACUGGAGAAGUAUAAUCCUCACUGGUGGAAGGCAAGAGACCGUUUGGGGAAUGAAGGCUUAAUCCCAAGCAACUAUGUGACUGAAAACAAACCAACCAAUUUAGAAAUAUAUGAGUGGUACCAUAGAAACAUCACCAGAAAUCAGGCAGAACGUAUUUUGAGACAAGAGUCUAAAGAAGGUGCAUUUAUUGUCAGAGAUUCGAGACAUUUGGGAUCCUACACGAUUUCUGUGUUUAUAAGAGACAGAAGAAAUAUGGAGGCUACCAUCAAACAUUAUCAGAUUAAAAAGAACGACUCAGGACAGUGGUACGUGGCUGAAAGACACCUCUUUCAGUCAAUCCCCGAGUUGAUCUGGUAUCACCAACACAAUGCAGCAGGUCUCAUGACCCGUCUCCGCUACCCGGUUGGACUGAUGGGCAGCUGUUUGCCAGCCACAGCGGGUUUCAGCUAUGAAAAGUGGGAGAUAGAUCCCGCUGAGUUGGCGUUUGUGAAGGAGAUUGGAAGCGGUCAGUUUGGGGUAGUCCAUUUAGGGCAAUGGCGAGCACACAUCCAGGUAGCUAUCAAGGCCAUCAGCGAAGGCUCCAUGUCUGAAGAAGACUUCAUUGAAGAGGCUAAAGUGAUGACGAAAUUAUCGCACUCAAGGCUGGUCCAGCUGUACGGAGUGUGCGUUCAGCAGAAGCCCCUCUACAUCGUGACAGAGUUCAUGGAGAACGGCUGCCUGCUGAGCUAUCUCCGAGAGAGGAGGGGAGAGCUGCGGAAGGAAAUGCUGCUGAGCAUGUGCCAGGAUGUCUGUGAGGGAAUGGAGUAUCUGGAGAGGAGCCGCUUUAUUCAUCGGGAUUUAGCAGCAAGGAAUUGUUUGGUCAGUGCUGCAAGUAUAGUAAAAAUAUCAGACUUUGGAAUGACGAGGUACGUUUUGGAUGAUGAGUAUAUCAGUUCUUCUGGGGCCAAGUUCCCCGUCAAGUGGUCCCCUCCUGAAGUUUUCCACUUCAACAAGUACAGCAGCAAAUCUGACGUCUGGUCGUUUGGAGUUUUGAUGUGGGAAGUUUUUACAGAAGGAAAAAUGCCUUUUGAAAAUAAGUCAAAUUUGCAAGUUGUGGAAGCCAUUUCUAAAGGCUUCAGGCUGUACCGUCCUCAACUGGCACCAAUGUCCAUAUAUGAAGUCAUGUACAGCUGCUGGCAUGAGAAACCCAAAGGCCGCCCGACGUUCACUGAGUUGCUGCAGGUUCUCACAGAGAUUGCGGAGACCUGGUGACACAAAUGGGAGGCCAACCCAGAGGAUCAUCUUGCAAAAUUAUCACAAAAGGAAAUCCUGUUCGGGGUCACUGAUGAUGAACACCUUCCUUUAGAGUUGCUGACUUUUGGAAACAGUGCAAAGAUCACAGGCUUUUCAAACUUUAAAAUUUAAAAAUACUCUGACAGUCAUAUUUUCUACAGGGAUGUCUUUGAAAGGGACUUUCCGACUCUCAUUUUUCUGUGUUGUUCUCCGUGUCCCAUGUGAAGAGGGGGAAAAUGCUCCAUAGCGGUCUUCAUAGUGGCUGCUCUUCCUGAGAAGAGCCCUGGGAGCCCCUGAGAGUGAAAAACUCUGCCAACUCACGGAAUAAAGGAGCCUCCCCUGCAGAAUUCAACCCUUUUGAGCUGGACGGACCUUUGUGGAAGAUGCACCUUUACAAGACACAUGAAUGUGAACAUUCUUAAACUGUCUUUUAUAAUCUCCCCUAUGUUAUUUAAGGACUUGGUUUUGCACAUACCUGAUUAUUUUGGAGACAGUUUCUUGUAUUCCAGUUUUAAACACUGUAAAGGCAAAGUUCUUUGAACAGGUCCCGGUGGAAUUUCUGUUUCCAGUAAUAUCCAUUGUCAGGGUCAGUUGAGAACUUGAAUUUGAAUUCUGCAGUUUCACGCUUUGUCCAUGUGAAAUUGGACGACUUAAGAAGCCUCCUUUUAAAACGGGUAAUGGAUCUAUUUUCUUUUCUUUUCCCUACAGUGUCAAAGAAUGCUCAUUGCACAGUUGGGUAAAGAAAAGUGACACAUUUUGAAGAUUUCACAUCUUUUCUGAGUUAAAUUCUCAAUUUUUUUUUGUGUAUAGUUGACACAUAACAUUAUAUUCGUUUCAGGUAGACAGCAUAGUGAUUCAAUGUCUCUGUAUGUUAUGCUGUGCUCAGCACAAGUGCGGCUGCCAUCUGUCCCCAUACAUUGUUAUUACUAUAUCACUGACAAUAUUUCAUAUGCUCCGCCUUUUAUUCCUGUGACUUAUUGAUUCUACAACUGGAAGCCUGUGUCUCCCACCCCCACCCCCUCUCUCCAGCAACCGUUUGUUCUCUGUAUUUAUAGGGCUUCUAUAAGAAGCCUCAUUUUGUCAUAGGAAAUUCCUCCAGUACCUCUCUAGAAGACGGCUUGCUUUUCUCAUAAGAACAAGAGGAGGCAAACACAAGAGAGCCAAACGUCACCUCCAACUCCAUUAUUUCUGAAGCCCGGGGUUUUGGAUUCAAGAUAGAAAUAACCGUGGUCAUAAUUAAAUCUUAAUUCCUCAGGCGCUGUUUGUAGGAAUGAUUGGAAAUGUGUCUUGAUCAUUGCGAGCAUUUCAGAAUUAGCGUAGGAAGAAGGGUGUGGCAGAAGGCACACGUGUUGUCAUCGUGAGGUUUCGUGCUGGGAGUCUGUCGUCUGAUACCGCCCUACCCUGCGUCGUGGUUCUGCGUUAGGAUUCCCAGUAGAUUGUAAGUUGCCGUGUGGCAGCAGCUGUGACUUUUAAGUCCUAUUUCCCUGUUCCAAGAAUGAUGUAUUUGAGUAUCAGUGGUACUUGGUCAGUGCACUGAAAUGCUGAGCAUCCGACGCGAGAAUGGCCAACUUUGAUAAUUCAAGUGGUGGUCUUGGAAAUACUUGUAUGAGAUCCCGUGGUGUUUCUGAGACUAUCAGACCCUUUUUCCUCAUGAUAUGGGAGGCGAGACAGGGUUCCCACUACUGAGAUCUUAGGUCAAAUAAGAUAACGCAGAAGUUACAUGCAAGAGGGCAUGAGACUAUCAAACCAGCAAAAGCCAAGGCCGGGGAGAAGGUUAAUGUUAUGGCAACAGAACAGGACAUCCAAAUGCUGAAGAGUUAGGAUUGACCACAGGGCAUCCCGCCGUCACGAUCACUGCGAUGCAGGGAGACGGAGUUCAGAGCGGGAGUGAGUCCAGAGAGGAGUCCUUCCUGGAGGUGUGAUGGCAGCCGCCAGCUCUCCUAUGAGCAAUCAUUGGGUGGUGGUAGGCAAGCUCUAUUCCUUUUGUUUUAACACUUCAUCAGAGCGUGAGAUACUAAGAAACAGAAGUAACUGGAGAUAAUAUGUAUGUAACUGAGGUGCCAGAUAAUGGGUGAAUUUGGAAUGUCUUUUUGUUUUUAAUGUUUAUUCACUUUUGAGAAAGAGAGAGACAGUGGGUGAGCAGGGGAGGGGCAGGCAGAGAGGGAGACACAGAAUCCGAAGCAGGCUCCAGGCUCCGAGCUGGCAGCACAGAGCCCGAUGUGGGCCUGGAACUCGCCAACCAGGAGAUCAUGACCUGAGCCAAAGUUGGAGGCUUAACCAACUGAGCCACCCAGCUGCCCUGAAUUUGGAAUGUUUUUAGACAGAGAUUCAUCGUUCUUUGUCUAGCAAAAGAAAAAAUUUCUUAAAAAAAAAAAAGAAAGAAAAAAUUUCUUUAAAGAAGUCACAGAACUUCUCUUAGAAGGGAACCCCAUUUUGUAAACAAUGCUAGUAUUUGUUCUUAUGAGGAGUUCUCUGUGGAUAGCUUAAAUAGUUUGGGGUGAGACAGCGCAAUAAACAACUCUGCAUAACAAAUGAACAGGCAGGUUAGGGCUUGGUCACCGAUGAGAGCCCUAAACAAGAAAACACAGGAGCUCAAAGGAGCGAGGGAAGCUCUGAAACAGACGGAAUCUGCAGGCCAAGCACAAAAUAUGUUCAGUGUAAAUACUCAUUGGGCAAGAGUAGCCAAAGGGCUUUUUUUUUUUCUUUAGUAAACUUUUUACUGAAGUACAAUACAUGGUUGUACUAUUGUGUGGGUAACAUGCUCCACCCACAAUCAAACUCACACGACCCGAUAGCAUUUCAUUCAGCACUAUGUUUGCUCAGUUUUUAAGCUGGAUUAAGGGCAGGGAAGAGCAUGCACAGCCCUUCUGUGUCUUUUGUUCUUUUUUUAAGCUUAUUUAUUUUUGAGAGAGAGAGAGAGAGAGAGAGAGACACUCGGAGCAUGA